UACUCAUGCUCCGGCGCAAUUGCUCCAACAAGCCGGGGGAGAGGUGAAGGAAACGCAGGAACUCAACGAUGGAGCAUUUUUAGGAGAUAACGACGAGCUCCCCCGUCGGAACUGAUUCAUCUACAUGACCAAAGAAACAAGACCAGCAACGAGAAACCCAAGCGUAACAAUCAUGCAAUUUAAAUACAGACGAAUUUAAGCAACCGCUUCUUCUUCAAGGUUACACCUCUUGAAGACGUCCCAACAUCCCCCUUGUCGCAGAUCAGCUGGCGUACGUUGGUUGAUCGUCACCGGUACCGACCAUGUCCGUUUGUUUGCUAGAGGCCGCGCCGGAGUGGAUGCGGGCCGAGAUCGAGCGUCUCUCCCGGGAGCUGAGUGAGACCACGAACGAGAAGAUCCAGGCGGCGGAGUACGGACUGGCGGUGCUGGAGGAGAAGCAGCAGCUCAAACAGCAGUACGAUGACCUGGAGAUCGAGUACGAGGCUGUCAGGCAGGAGGUCGACCAGCUGAAAGAGGCCUUUGGACAGGCCUACUCCAACCACAGGAAGGUGGCAGCGGAUGGGGAGAGUCGUGAGGAGUCUCUCAUCCAGGAGUCGGCAUGUAAGGAGGCCUACUACGAGCAGAGGGUCCUGGAGCUGCAGACCGAGCUCCGGCUGGCGCGCAACAUCCUCACCAAUACCCAGUCUGAGAAUGAACGCCUCACUGCUAUCUCACAGGAGAUGAGAGAGAGCAGCCAGGUGGUGGAGCUUCAGAGGAAUCAGCUGCGUGAUGACAUCAAGGAGUACAAGUUCCGGGAGGCUCGUCUGCUGCAGGACUACACCGAGCUGGAGGAGGAGAACAUCUCGCUGCAGAAGCAGGUCUCCAUGCUCAAACAGAGCCAGGUGGAGUUUGAGGGUUUGAAGCACGAGAUCCGUCGUCUAGAGGAAGACACUCAGUUCCUUAACAGCCAGCUGGAGGAUGCCAUCCGACUGAAAGAAAUCGCUGAGCGUCAGCUGGGUGAGGCCCUGGAGACCAUCAAGACUGAGCGUGAGCUGAAAGCGUCCCUGAGGAAAGAGCUCUCCCACUACAUGAACAUUGGAGACAAUCUUUGUCACAGCCCUCUGAGCAUUUCUCUGGAUGGUCUCAAGUUCAGCGACGAUGCCGCCACUGAACCCAACAACGACGACGCCCUCCACGGAUACGAGAACGGCUUCACCAAACUGGCCAAUACCGUCACCUACAACAACCGCAUCUCCGCGCCCAAAAAGGAAGAGCUGUUCCAUCCUGCGCCCAGCCUCGUGGAUGACCUGCUGAGCGAACUUAACAUCUCAGAGAUCCAGAAGCUUAAACAGCAACUGAUGCAGAUGGAGCGUGAGAAGGUCAACCUGCUGUCCACCCUGCAGGACUCCCAGAAACAGCUAGAGCAGGCUAACGGUGCUCUCUCCGAGCAUCAGGAGAAGGUCAACCGCCUCACGGAGAACCUCAGCGCCAUCCGCAAGCUCCAGGCCAGCAAGGAGCGCCAGUCUGCCUUGGACAACGAGAAAGAACGCGAUAGCCAUGAAGAUGGAGACUACUACGAGGUGGACAUCAAUGGACCUGAGAUUCUGGAGUGCAAGUACAAGGUUGCUGUUUCUGAAGCAGGAGAGCUGAAGGAGGAACUGAAGACUCUGAAGACAGAAUACCAGGCCUGUCAGUCACGUUACGAAGAGGAGCGCACCCGUCUGGAGAACGAUGUCACAACACUGGGAGGCAAGCUGGCCACUCUGGAGAAGACCAGUCAUUCAGAGAGAGAAGAGAAAGCUAAGCUAGAGAAGGAGCUGCGCAAGCUGAGCGAUGUGGCUGGCGAAUCCCAGGGUAGUCUAAGUGUGGCACAGGACGAGCUGGUCACCUUCAGCGAAGAACUUGCCACCCUCUACAACCACGUCUGCAUGUGCAACAACGAGACACCCAACCGCGUCAUGCUCGACUUUUACAAGCAGGGUAAGGGCGGUCGGAGCAGCCCGGAGGGCCGUGGCCGCCGCUCUCCCAUAUUGCUCACCAAAGGCCUCUUCCCUGAGCCUGGUAAGACCGACCUAAGCGACGGAGCCCCUUCACCGGUCUCCUCACUGCCUUCUCCUGUGUCUGACCACCGCCGCGAGCCGAUGAACAUCUACAAUCUAGUGGCCAUCAUCAGAGACCAGAUCAAGCACCUGCAGCUGGCCGUGGACCGCACCACAGAGCUGUCGCGCCAGAGGGUCGCUUCUUUGGAGCUCGGCACUGUGGCCGACAAGGACAAAGACGCCUGCAUGGAGGAGAUCCUCAAACUGAAAUCCCUGCUCAGCACCAAGAGGGAACAGAUUGCAACCCUGAGGACUGUCCUCAAGGCCAACAAGCAGACAGCUGAAGUUGCUCUGGCCAAUCUGAAGAGCAAGUAUGAGAACGAAAAGGCCAUGGUAACCGAGACCAUGAUGAAACUGAGGAAUGAGCUCAAAGCCCUGAAGGAGGACGCGGCCACCUUUUCCUCUCUCCGAGCUAUGUUCGCCACACGUUGCGACGAGUAUGUCACUCAGCUAGACUUGAUGCAGAGGCAGCUGGCUGCAGCAGAGGAUGAGAAGAAGACCCUCAACUCCCUGCUGCGAAUGGCAAUCCAGCAGAAACUUGCCCUGACUCAGCGUCUGGAAGACCUGGAGUUUGACCACGAGCAGACCCGCCGGGGAGGCAGUACCGGCCGGGCUAAGGCCCGCAGCAAGGCCACCAGCGGCACCUCUAUCAACCCCCACUAAUGACGAAGUAUCAACACAAGGUCCAUUCUCACUGCUGAUUGAGUUCGCCGAAAAGAGUUAGCACUAAUAGGCCAUUUGGACUUGAGAAAAAUUGCUAAAAGAAAACACUGAUUUCCAGUCUAACAAACAGCCCUACUUCCUUCUUCUUGCUUUUAAUAUGUGAUGGCUAUUGGAAUGAAAUUUUUGCGUGCUGCUGUUGGAAGCCAAUUUCUCACGGGUCUAAUAAACAGAAAUUCUGACAAGAGUUUGUGAUUGGCUAAUCGAGAAGCCAGGGGACAUGGGGUUGUUUCUCGAUGGAAAUCAACGAGCAGUUUGGUCUGUUUUCAUCUUUUGUUUUGUUUUAGUUUAUUGUUUUUUGUUACCUGUGCACUUUCAUUAUAUAGAAUUAUAACAGACUAUAAUUAACCUAUAGGAAAAUGUGGUAGAACUAUGGUUUCUGAGUUAUUCAGUAUAGGUUAUUAUGAGACUAUAGGAUAAUACGUCCUCCUGCAUCAUCCAAACUUAAAUACUGUAACAGAAACUAAGCUCCACAAACCACAGACCUACUCUUAUGAUUUUAUCCAUCAAAUAAUCCUGUUUUAAAUUGUUUUGUUACAUCAUAUUUUAUGCUGUUUGUUUUUAUUUUGUGUUUGUUCUACUGCCAUGUUCAUACAAAAAAAUCCAGGGUGAUCAAAUUCUGGGGUUUUUUAAUGUAUUUAUUAUUCCUAGGAAUAGUUCAAAAUAACACAAUGAAACUUGACAACGCUCUAACUCAAAUAGGUAAGUUGUGUUUUUGGGAAACAUUUGGUGGGUAUUAUAUGCUUUUCCUAACUUCUUACCGAGGGCGUUCCACUGAAACGGGAUCACUGACUUUCAGAAUUCUCUGCAAGUGCGACAAUUAAAUUCCAAAUUGGAAUUGUUUCAUUCUCUCUUUGUUUAUCGUGCCAAAUCUUGGUGCACCGUUUAGGUUGAAAAGAAUCAAGACUCUGAAAGAAGACAAACCGUCCUCGAGAAAGGCGUGGUUGGGGCCACGGCUCUCCGAGCGAGUGCCGGGGUUUUGUUUUGGGUUUGUUUAGUUCUUCGUUUCUGACCAGUAGUGCCUUCAUUGUUUCAAGGGAGAAUCUUAGACUAGUAUUUUAUGUUUGCUUUUUUUAUAGGUGAGGACUUUGGGUUCAAAAUGACUGUGAGCGGCAAUAAGUGCAAAAGGGAAUUUUCCCGUUUGCAUGAGUGAGAUGGUCGUUUUAAAAUUAGCUCAAUAAAACUGAAAUUGUAUUGAAUUCUGCAGGUCAUUGAUCCCACUCAAUAAAUUCAGGGGUAUUAAGAAAAGGUUGUUUUUUUAUCAAACUUUGGGAACCAAAUGAUAUCCCUUUGGCUAUUGAACAAAAUGCUCCAAGCAUCUGAAAUGUGUUGGAGUAGAUUGGUGUACUAUUGGAAACAUCUACGCAUCUCUAGCUUUGUUUGGUGAAGGUAAUGUGAUAUCAAUAGUAUUGUUGAAAAAAUGUGCAGAGAGCGCAUUUUCUUUCUUUUUGUCCAGUUUGAGUUUUUGUUGUGUUUUUUUUUUUUUAUUCUUGAAUCUUUUUUUUCUUUUUCUUUUUUUAUAUCUUUGAACAUUAUGUUUUCAGGAAACAGAAAACAAACUAAGCAUCAACAAGCUUGAAUAGUGCCAUUACAGCCAAUGCUUGUUUGUUGAGGCGUUAAAGUUACCAAUAUGGACGAGAAGCUAGGAAAUAAAAGUGCAAUUCAGAUAGUUUUACAUUUAAAAAAAAAAAAGAAUAAAGUUUUCUGUUUGCUGGAAGCGAUAGCAUUGUGAUAAUACAAUUAGCUGUGCAAACUUUAUAAUGUCCUAUUGUGUUUCAGUAUUGAUCCAUAAUGAGAGUUUGAUAUCUUUAUAUGAAAUAACAACUUCACCUGUAUGUUGGUAUUUAUUUGAAUUGUCAUGCAGUACUGUAUUUUUAUCAAUAAUGUGCAUUACGCUUAGUGGCAUAUUGAUUACAACUAAAUGUCAUAUGCAUGUUUUUCAGUCAUGGAACCUUUACACAGAAUUGAAAACAAACAUGUAAACUUUUGUCAGGGUGUUAAAAUUGAGAGGAAAAAAAAAAUUAACUUGAGUCUGAUGUAUUACUGCUGAACUAAUCCUAUGAAAGUGUUGAUGUUUUUCAGUAGAGAGGGGGGGAUGUCUGUGUAAAGGUAGUCAUACUGGCUAAAAUCAAUAAAUGUGACUUAAGUU